AUGAUUUUUGCUGCUGUUGAGAAAAGAAGCAACCCAAAACGUCAGCGUAUGAGGAAAGGAUCAUUUGCAAAUUUGGAUCAAGCCAUUUUCAAAUGGCUUCUGAUUGUUUGUAGCAGAGAUGUCACUGUCUCUGCUUUAAUUCUCGAAAUUAAAGCCAUGGAAUUUGCUGAAAGAAUGAAUGUUACAAAUUUUCAUGCUUCAGAUGGUUGGUUAGACAGUUGUAAGAAACAAUACAACAUAUCAUUUAAAACGGUUUCUGGUGAAACUAAUGCGUGUACAAGUGAAGUGGUAGUACCAUGGGAGGAAAUCACGUUACCAACCAUUUUAUCAAAAUAUAAGUUUAAUCAAAUUCAUAUUGCUGACAAAUUUGACUUGUUUUAUUGGCUCGAACCAAAUAAAUCUUUACAUUUUAAAAAUUAA